AUGAGUAACAAAGUCUCUAGGACAGAUUCGUUGAAAAAGACUCUGUCUAGAUCAAAGUCGUCAUUGACUAAUCUAUUCAAGAAAAAUAAGAGAAAGCAUGCUAGAGAUGAUGAUGACGAAGAAGAAGAUGAAAAUGGCUUUAAUCGUAAUAAUAAAAGUCUUAUUCAUAAAGAUGAUAACGAAGACAACGAAAAUGAUGACGACGACAACGCAAGAAGUCACAAACGUCGUCACGUAGAAGAUGCCGCAAAGGAGAAAUUAAGACUUAUUGCAUUCCAAAAGAAUGAAAAACUGUUAGAUGCAAAAUUACCAAAAGAACUUAGGAAAUAUAGACCUCAAGGUUAUUCUUUGAAUUUACCACCAAAGGAUAGACCCAUUAGAAUUUAUGCGGAUGGUGUCUUUGAUUUAUUCCAUCUGGGUCAUAUGAAACAAUUGGAACAAUGUAAGAAAUCAUUCCCAAAUGUUACAUUGAUAUGUGGUGUUCCAAGUGAUAAAGUAACACAUAAUUUAAAGGGUUUGACUGUCCUAUCAGAUAAGCAACGUUGCGAAACUCUGACGCAUUGCAGAUGGGUGGACGAAGUCAUUUCUAAUGCUCCAUGGUGUGUCACUCCCGCCUUCUUAAAAGAACAUGAGAUCGAUUAUGUGGCUCAUGAUGAUCUUCCAUAUGUGAGUGCGGAUUCUGAUGAUAUUUAUAAGCCAAUUAAAGAAAUGGGUAAAUUUUUGACAACACAAAGAACUAAUGGUAUUUCCACUAGUGAUAUUAUUACGAAGAUUAUUAGGGAUUAUGAUAAAUAUUUGUUGAGAAAUUUUGCAAGAGGUGCUACCAGACAAGAAUUGAACGUCUCUUGGUUGAAGAAAAACGAAUUGGAAUUUAAGAAACACAUAAAGGAUUUUAGAGAAUAUUUCAAAAAGAAUCAAGAAAGUUUAAAUGUGAACUCUAAGGAUUUAUAUUUUGAGGUUAGAGAAAUAUUGUUGAGAAAGACUCUGGGUAAUAAGUUAUACAAGAAAUUGCUGGGUAACAAUAAAUUUAAUCCAAAGGAUAUACAUAAUCGUGAGAUUAAAAAAUUACACGAUAGAUUAAGUGAUUUAAGUGAUAGUUCAAGCCAGAAGGAUAAUGACGAUGACGAUGAGGAAGAAGGUAGUUCUGAAAUAGAUGCUGAGGAACGUGAUGCAAUUAUUAGAUCAAAAUCGCCUCCAAGUGAAUUUGCAGAUCAAUAUACUGGUGAAAAGAGGGUGAAAUCAAAGGAAGCUAACCCACAAUACCAAGAAGAUGACGAUGAGGAUGAAAAGACAUAUAAGUUCAUAGAACAUGCUCAUCAGGACAUUGAAGAUGAAUGA